GUCCCCCGCACAGGCUGCGCUCCCACACACACGCGGAACUUGCCAUGGAAAUAAUGAACGCCACCUCUUUACCAACCGACGUUUGUGCCCCGCGUUAUUCCUAGUAGUAGGUAGCUAGGUAGCGCAUCCUCCUUGAAGAUGGACUCGCUGACAAGUGUUCCCCAAACGCAGGCACCGCCCAACCUAGGUGCCAUCGCCGAUCGUCCACCCGACGGCGUUGUGCCACCGUUCACCGCGGAGAUGGACCUCGGUAUCGAAUCGGGUCAUAAUAAUACGGGACCAGUCUCUGGGGCUCAAGCUAGUUUUCCCCUUUAUGCUUCGAACCCGCCAAUGUCGACCCUCCCGUACGACAUGACCGCUAUGACAUCAUCGGCUGGAGCCCCAUCCGGGGUGCCGUUCACACUGGGCCCGGACACUGGUCUCCAAGGAAUUAGGGCGGAACCCCAUACAAGUAAUCCACGUUCAAGUACUGUCAUGCUUAGCGAGUUCACCAAGCGACGCCAUUGGCAGCGCGAUGUACUCCAGGAAAUGCGCGACCUCCUGCACGUAUUGAAGCCUGAUGGGGAGAUAUUGUACGUGUCGCCGUCUUGCAAGACUCUCACCGGAUGGGAAGACUCGCAGCUGGUUGGACGUAUUGUCAAUGACUUUAUACAUCCGGAUGAUGCCGCACUUUACGUCCAGGAAUUCACAGACGCCAAGAAGUCCGGCAACCCUCUUCGCUUUUUCUAUCGAUUCAAAAAGGCGGACGAGUCCUGGGCCAUUUUUGAACUGCAUGGCCAUCCGCUUCUGACUACCAACCCGACAGCGCCCUUCGGUCAGCAGCCAGCCCUGCGAUGCACCGGCUUUUUCAUGAUGUCCAGGCCAUACCCGACGAAGAACGCUGAGCUGCUUGACUCGUUUCUGGAACACAAGAUAGAAAACGAAAGACUUCUGAGACGAAUCGCCGAGUUGAAAAAGGAGGAGCAAGAAGAACUAGAGGCUGAAGACUCCCAAUGGAGAAGCCAGGCCGAUACCUACUCCUCUCUUGCGCCUUCGGAGCCCCACGAAUCAACCGCGACUCCCGCGCACAAUGCAAUGCCACCCCCAGCAAAGCCUGCGAUGUCAAACACGGCUCUGACAAGGCAGAAUCUGGAUGAGGCAUCGGUGACGAGCAAACCCGAUAGUAUAGACGAUAAGAUGGCACGUUAUGAGGGCACCUCGCACAUUGAGACCAUUGAAAUGCUCACCGGGCUGCACUAUGGUGAUGGAGAAAGAUCCAAGGGCAUCAGCACUGGGGCUGCCAGUCCCGUGCUCAUCCGCGGAGAUGUGGGCAUCCAGUACUCGGUAGAUCGUGAUACGAAAUCUCUGCCCGACAAGAAGAAGAAGGUGAAGAGAACAGCUGAAUAUGUCUGCCGUGAGUGCGGAGUAUUGCAGUCUCCCGAAUGGAGGAAGGGACCUAGUGGACCCAAAACCCUUUGCAAUGCAUGCGGAUUACGCUGGUCGAAGGAGAAGAAAAAGAUGGAGGGGGGAAACCAGGAGGCAGGCCAGGGUCAGUCCCAGUCGCAGAGCCAAGGUAAGAGACAGAAUAAGGAACAGAAUAACAAGGAUAGCAGAAACUAACAAUGGGGCACAAGAUGAGAAUACAACUCGGAGCCAAGAUAUGCCGGUUGCUGGACAUCCGCAAGCUUUUCCCAUCCAACCUACGGAGUUGUGAGCCUAGCCCUUGAUGGGGAACCGUUAAUAUUCUUUCAAGGUCGCAACUACGUCUUCGGUAUCUCCCAAACGUCGUUCGAGCGCUCGGCAAAGUAGAAGAUGCAGCAGUCCUCUUCGGAUCGCACCUACUUGCUGGCCCAACCUUGAUAUAAGUGGUGGGGUUCUUGGUGGUUUCGCAUGGGUUAGUUAUAUUCAUAGAGGGCGUUGGGGGAACAUUACCGUC